AUGGCAUGUGCUGACUCGCCAGAGCGAGUGAAGGAAUGCACAAUCGCCAGCAAUGGCCAUCAGAAGCCGUUGGCUCCGCUCAAAAGUGAGAUCCGACGAACAGCUGUGGAAUUGAGCAUUGAUCGACGUAAAGGCGUUGACAGCGUGCAACUGAUCAAGGCGAAGGACGAAGCGCUCAGAGAAGAGGUCGGCGAGCUCCGAAAAGUGUGGCCAAGCAGUGAGAUGGCCGUGAUAGAAAGCAUACUCUUCCACCGAUAUUUUUUUACCGCCUGCAAGCGGGAUCAUGUUGAAAAUCAAUCGAUCAGUACCUACCUUGGGCUUGAAAAACGCCUUGCUACCCCACUGCUCAGAAAGCGCCUGGCGGUCAACCUGACCAUCCCGGCCGCCGUUGAUGCGCCGGAUGAUCUUCGCGAACUCUCCCUUGUCUGCCUGAGUGUUCAGCCCGCGCGUCGACCAGAAACACGCCGCCGACAUCGCUGCAUGCUGCGGCUGCUCGAGCAGCUCCGGCUGAUUAACCAGCCUCGUCGCACGCUCCAUAAGGCUGUCAUCUUUUGCCACUCGAAAAUCUGCCGGGAGCUGACGAACGAGUUCUUCAAGGUGGUGCUGGACUACGCGGUACAGGUUCACCAGGUCGCCGUUGAGAUCAUUCAAAACCUCGACUUUGGCGGGCUGCUCGCGCUUGAAAGCUGCCUACGCUCUGCGCUGAACGAUGCGACGGAGGAAGAGCUGAUAGAGCUGAACCCGCUCGGCGGUUGGACCUACUCACGCAAAGCUGCGCCGCCGAAAGAGGAUGACAUAGAUCCAUUUAGCCCCGAA